AUGACAUCCAUCCGGCUGCUGCUGCUCUCCCUGACUCUCUCCAGUGUCUGUGUCAGUCUGGGGCAGCCCAUUCCAGAGGCAAACGAGAAUGGAGAUAGAAGCCAUUUGGAUGACAUCCUGCAAAGGGCAGAAAGCAUCAUCCUUCGGUCUAUCCUCAAGAAAGCAGAAGAGGGGGAAGAGACUAAUAAAGAACCAAGCGCUCUUCAGCCAGACUGGUUUUCCAAAAGACAACACCCUGGGAAGAGAUUCCCCAGUGACCUAGAGAAGAGGCAGCACCCUGGGAAAAGGGAAGAUGAGGAAGAAGUGUCUUAUGGAGAAACUCAGAAGAGACAACAUCCAGGGAAAAGAGAGGAAGACGACGACCUUGACAGUGACAUGGAGCUGCAGAAGAGACAGCAUCCUGGCAGGAGGUCACUGUGGGACCAGUAUGUUGAUAUCCCUAGCACCCAACUGGCCUAUCUGAAUGAACUAUCCAAAAGGCAACACCCGGGCAAGAGGUCUCUGAUUUACAACAAGCGUCAGCAUCCUGGCAAGAGGAGCUGGGAUGACGAGCUGGAUCUGGGCGACCAAGACAUGGAGAAACGCCAGCACCCUGGAAGAAGAUACGUGGAUUCUGAAAGCCCAGAUUACGAUGCCCCCUGUGACCUCCAGGAUUCCUUCAACUGUAGCAAAGGCAGCUUCUUGCUCGAGUUACUAGAUAAUGUCAACAAGAGCAGAGUAGAAGAGAAGCGGCAGCAUCCUGGGAGGAGGUUUGCUUGGGAAGGUGAGGUGGGGGCAGAGGAGUGA